AGCACGAGGCAACACGACCAUGUCCCCGAGACAGACACCCACGCGCUCCCUGCGUCUCCUCGCGGCGCUGCUCGCGCUGCUGGGCGCGGGGCAGCGGUGUCUCGCGGUGAACCCGCUGCUCGUUUUCCUCAUUGAUGGAUUCCGCUACGACUACAUGGAUGACCUGCACGCGCUCCCCGGAUUCCGCGAGCUCGUGGGCAAUGGGGUGAAGGUGGACUACAUGACGCCGGACUUCCCGAGUCUGUCUUACCCUAAUUACUACUCAUUAAUGACAGGCCGUCACUGUGACGCUCAUCAGAUGACUGGAAACUACAUGUGGGAUGAAGCCUCAGAGAAGGAGUUUCUGAUCGGGACCAAUCCUGACAGCCGGCUGUCUCUCUGGUGGGAUGGAUCAGAGCCGCUGUGGGUCACUCUGCAGAAGCUUGGAAAGAAGGUUUUCAUGUACUACUGGCCUGGCUGCGAGGUGGAGAUUCUGGGUGUCCGUCCAUUUUUCUGUGAAGAAUACGUCUACAACCCAUCGGAGAAAAACCUGACAGACUCGAUGGAGAACGCUCUCAGCGUCCUGAGGUCAGGCAAAGCAGACAUGGCAGCUAUAUAUUAUGAGAAAAUAGAUGUGGAAGGCCAUCACUUCGGUCCAGACUCUCAUCAGGUCAGAUCAGCUGUGAAACAACUGGAUCAUGCCAUGCAGACACUCAACAGCAAAAUCAAAGAGAAGAACAUGGCGAACCAGCUGAACGUUGUGCUAUUUUCAGACCACGGCAUGACAAAGAUCCAGUGGAUGGAGAAGGUCAUAGAGUUGGACAAGUUCAUCAACAUGUCGGACAUCGUCAAGAUGAUGGACAGAGGACCAGUUGUUAGUCUAUGGCCAAAAGAAACCAAGUACCAACAGGUGUAUGCCAUGCUGUCUCGGGUCCCUAACAUGCGUGUGUAUGGGAGACAGGAGAUCCCUCAACGUUUCCAUUACAAAGGAGGGAAGUUUGUUUCACCCCUGACGCUGGUGGCUGACCCGGGCUGGUUUAUCAUCGAGAACAAGGCGAGCCUCCCGUACUGGAAAAAUGACUCUGGGGCGCCCUCAGCUUGGCAGAACGGCUGGCAUGGUUACGACAACGAGUUCCUUGACAUGAGAGGCUUUUUCUUGGCAACAGGACCUGACUUCAAGCGCAAUCUACGAGCGGCUCCAAUUCGAGCGGUGGACGUGUAUAACGUGAUGUGCUGGACACUGGGAGUGAAACCUUUGCCCAAUAACGGCUCCUGGUCUCGGGUUGAGUACAUCCUGAAUGGCUCUGAUGGUCCUCCCCAGUCCACAGCCCUCUGGACCUGCUGCAUGGGUUUGUUAGGAAUACUGCUGGCACUAUGGGAUUAAAAGAUAUAACAGCUCAGCGCUUGUGGCAUCUGACAGUAGAGAGAAAUGAUGUAGAAGGAGUUACAACAUUAAAAUGUGUAGAGGUGAAUGCAUGUGAAAAGAGGGGAGAAGACAUGACACAUUUUCUCUUCCUUGUCCACUUCUGAUCAGAAUGAGUUCACGUCUGAGUACAUUUACAUUUUAUGGUAAAUUUAAUAAAUUCACAAUUUGUGAAAUCUAACAAAUUGUUAAAUUUGACAUUUGCCUGUAAAUUUUCUCUGUUUCAGCCGAGUUGAUCAAAUCAAUUCAAUUCUGUUUUAUUUGUAUAGCACCAAAUCAUAACAUGCAUCAUCUCAAGGCACUUUACAGGGUAAGGUCAAGACCUUACAUGAUAACCAUUCAUUGUCAUAGUAAAGCAUGAAAAGUUAUAUAUACAGUAUACCAGCAGGACUCUCGCUUGUUUACAUGUAAUUAUUUCUAAGUUACAUACAGUACUUAUGUCCAGGAAACUUUCUAGGAAAUUAUACAGAACAAUUAUAGUGAAAAUCGAGCAUUACUGAUUUCUGGGUGUGUGUAUGAAUCAUGAAUGAAUGAGUCAUUUUGGAAAUCACAGCAAAGCAUUUUGAAACUGUUGGACUUCAUGCAGUAAAGGAUGCUGAUUUUGCCUUAUUUUCAUAUGUUGGAAUUUGUAUUACAGGGAAUGAUAUAAGCUAUACUUUUUUAAAUUGGUAAAGCACAACUAUGUGUAGGAGAUGUUUUGAAGCCCUAAUUUCUUUUCUUCCUUUUUUUAUGCUCGGGCUCUUUUAAAAUGUUGUUACUUCAGUCUGUAGAGGGUAUGGUUAUAACUGAGAUAUUGUUUUGAUCUGAUUUUGAAUUCAGCUGCUCAUGUCUCUGUGUCUGAUCUGUAAGACCCUGUAUGACAUAUGGUUUGUCAAAUGUGCUGUAUGAAUAAAUGUGCUUUGAUU